AUGUUCCUAUGGGGCGUCUGUGGUGUACCGUUUGGUGCCUAUGCCAUCAUCCAAAAUUUCAACUAUCCCAUCCAAGUCCAGCCACAGGCCUUUAUGACCCUCUGCGUCAUUAGCUGGUCCCAGAUUAUGGUGUACGGGAACGGCUGGUCCGUCAAAAAGGCGACCGUCGCCGGUCUGGCCAUGGCCGCCAUUUUUGCCGGUGUCGAGGCCGCUCUCAUCUUCUCCCUCCGGCCCAUUUACGAACGCGGCAACGAGGCCCCUGCCAUCGUCGUCGGCAUCAUUGCCUCCAUACUUCUGGCCGCCGGCCUCGUCCCGCCCUAUUUUGAAAUCUACAAGCGCCGCGGCCGCAUUGUUGGCAUCAACUUUGUCUUCUUGGGCAUGGACUGGAGCGGCGCCUUCUUCUCGCUCAUGGCCCUCGUUGCCCAAAAUACCUUUGACGUUCUCGGUGGCGUCAUCUACAUCAUCUGCGCCCUCCUCGAGAUUGGCAUCUUUUUGUCGCAUAUUAUCUGGCGCAUCCGCACCCGCAAGCUCCGCCAGCAGGCCAAGGCCGAGGGCAAGACGUUUGACGAGCUCGCCGCCGAGAUUAUCGCCGUCAGGGGGGCUGACAACUUUCCCUUUGCCGAGCGGCCCCUGCACCCCUGCUUCUCGUCGGCCUGGUGGCGCAACCGCUUCAUUGGCCGGUCGACGAAGCAGCCCGACGCACGCGACCCGGACCUGGAGACCGCUGCUACGCGGCAAAACGGCCAUGACGAGAAGAAGGAGCAGGCCAUGCCGAGCGAAACGUUGGGUGUAGUCGAGACUUUGGCAUCGCCGCCCUACCUGUACGGGGGGCCCUCGGUUUUUACGUCUGCCGCGUCGACGCCCGCCAUUGCAACCUCACAGGCCCCACCGAAGUCUGCCACAAGGGCCGACGACGUCUGCCGGACCCGAUCGUGCAGCAACAGCGUGGCACCGACACAGUGGGGUGAAGUCGAGACCGACUUUGACGAGAAGCGGUAG